AUGAGUUCUCAGACAGGAGGCAUAGGAGGAGUUUUUCGCGAUAGCCAAGGUCAAUGGAUCAUUGGUUUUCAGGGAAAUAUUUGUUCAAAUUCCCCUCUACAUUCAGAACUCCAAGCUUUGCAACAAGGACUGGUUGUUGCCCUUAAUAGGCAGUUGGUUCCUUUAGAAAUUGAAACUGAGUGUCCUGAUCUAAUCAAGGCUAUAAAUGUUGGGAACACCUCUCACAACACUCUUGUUAAUAAUUGCAGAAGGUUGAUGCUCCAGGAGAAGAUGCUAUUUCUGAAACAUAACUUCAGACAAGCAAAUGGUGUGGCUCAUGUUUUGACCAAAGAAGUCUUGAAGAAAUCGAAGCCUUUUUCAGUUUAUCGUUUUGUUAACCCCCGGGUUAUGUUUUGGAUCUACUGA